AAAAGAUUCAACAGGACAAGGGCUUUUAAGAAGAAAAACAUCACCAAAAGCUAACGGGAGGGAGACACAAGCUUACCCAUUUAGAACCCUGCCUCAACCAUACAUGGUGUGAAAGAGAGCAGGGAAGAUGUCAUCUGGCCGUCCCAUUAAGUGUGUGGUUGUGGGAGACGGUACUGUGGGCAAGACCUGUAUGCUCAUAUCCUAUACCACAGACUCCUUCCCUAAAGAAUACGUCCCCACAGUAUUUGACAAUUACUCAGCACCAAUGGUGGUGGAUAGCAUUCCUGUCAGUUUGGGGCUUUGGGACACAGCGGGGCAAGAAGACUAUGAUAGAUUGCGACCCUUAUCGUAUCCACAGACGGAUGUGUUCUUGAUCUGCUUUAGUGUGGUGAGUCCGUCCUCCUGUGAGAACGUCACCUCUAAGUGGUAUCCAGAAAUUAAGCACCAUUGUCCAGAUGCACCUAUUAUUCUUGUUGGCACAAAAAUGGACCUAAGAGAAGACAAGGAGACUCUAGCACUCCUAUCUGACCAGGGACAAUCUCCAGUUAAGAGAGAAGCAGGCCAAAAACUAGCAAAUAAAAUCAGAGCUGUGAAAUACAUGGAAUGCUCAGCACUAACACAACGAGGACUAAAGCAGGUAUUUGAUGAAGCUGUGAGGGCAGUACUCCGGCCAGAACCCAUGAAGAGAAGACAGCGCAAGUGCUCAGUCCUCUAAGGUUGAAAAACUGGCUAGUCCCACCACUAUCUCUAAUGCUGUCUCCCCCAUUCUGCCUCAGAUUCCCAGUCAAGCGAGUAUUAAGUCAGGUUUCUGCCCCAUUUCCAACUAAAAGCAAUAUUUGUGACCAGAUAGGUUAUUUUCACCAUUGGUGUUUUUCCGUAAACCUGCAUUUUGAAUUUUUUAAUAUUGUUAUAUUUGGCCUUGUAUUUUCUAGCUGUGUUAAGCCAAAUGUGUGAUUAUUUCUUUUUACAUACAUUUGAUAGGGAUUGUAUGUAAUCAUGUGCAGCUGUUCUUGAAAUAGUGUUGCUAGUUGGAAGCUGACUAGGAACUUCAGGAUAAUCUUUUUUGGAAAAGAAUAUGAAAUGUAGAGAAAUUAGUUCGGUAUUACAUGUAUGGGUGUUUGUACAAAUGUACAUGUGCAUUUGUGUGUGUGUGUGUGUGGAUGCAUGAGUGCUUGUGUGUGUGUAAAUAUACAGACAUGCAUAUCUUUGUCUGUGAGUGUAAGUUAUCCUACUUGAGCAGCAGCUGCUAAUCAGUAUAACUCUAUCUUUGGGUACCAACAAGAGCUUAUUCCUAUUUAUUGUUAUCCAGUACAUUCUAGAAUGCACAAUGCCAUCUAUAUUAUUAAGAAAUUACUUUAUGUUUUAUAUUUAAUGUGUUGAAAUGAUGCAUAAUUUUUUUUAGUUACAAUAAUGCAUGUGUUUGUUUUACUUGAAACCAAGCGUUUAUGGUGUUUUACUCGUAUCCAGUAUAUAUCCAAAACUCAGCUGGCAAAAGGUUUAGAUUGCUUUAUUUUGAAUUUCUCUACAUUUUAAAUAACUCUUGUUACUCAUUAGAGAGACCCUGGAGUAAUGUGAACAGCAACUGCUUUACAAAAUACCUGUGAUAAUAGAGGAAUCUGAAUUGACCUGGCAGUAUAUUAACAGGGUUUGAUUGGCUCUUCUGAUAAAGAAUUUGUAUCUCAGAGUUUUAGAUGUUUAAUAUUGUAAAUAAGUAAAUAAUUCAACAUUUCAAGACCAGUGAAUGCCCUGGAUAACUGAGGUGUUCAUAAUAUAUACAAUCCACCAGUGAAACCUUCUUGUCCCCUUGAGGUUGGAGGUCCCUGCCUCCUUUACCCCUCAGAUUCCUGUUUCCCUUACCAAACCUUGUUUAUGACCUGCACUUUCAUGUCUCAACUCUAAAGGGGUUAACAAGUUUUAGCUCUGGGUUAGAGUCCCUAUGAAGCUCUUACACUGCAGUUCAAACUCACCAGGUUCUAGAAAGCAAGCCUUGCAUUGCCCUACAGGCAGUUGUAGCUGUGUGGUGUGAUAUCAGAGAUUCAGUACUCGACACUCUGUUGGCUAGGUGCAACUUUCUCUGCUAAUUUGUAAUUAAAAGAAGGGUGCAGAGUUUCCUUUUAUGCCUGAUCUCGGAUCAUUUUCACGGCUCUUUUUUUUAACAUGUACACUUAAAACGGCAACUACUGAUAGCUGUGAAACUUUGUUUCUGGCUGCCUUUCAUUGACAUGUAAAAAUUUUAUAUUUCAUCAACGUUGUGUAGUGUAUCUUAUUAAUGAUUUACCUUUUAUUUGUGAGAUGGUAACACUAAAUAGAAUUAGUUAAGUUUCCUUCAUUUGUAAAAGAUAAGUAUGUUUUAAUAUGUCCGUUUAUGUCAUUACUUUGCUUAAAUUACCAAAUUAUGAUCCCCCUCCCCCUUAGAAUAUCCUUAGCAUGAGAUAUUAUAGUUGAAGGGGGUCCAGUUGCUGAAUUAUGUCCAGUCUUAGUGUUCCACUGGACAGUCAAAAGUAUCAGUGUCUAAUUCAUGGUGCUUCUGUGUUUUACAACUCUUUCUUAUUCUUUCAUAAGGCCAUUAUUAUCUCUUCAGUUAUUGUAUAAGUUGUCAUAGAAAUGAACAAGUAAAUUUUAAUAUAUAAUUUUUUUUUUUUUUUUUUUUUUUUUUUUUUUUUUUUUUUUUUUUUUUUUUUUUUUUUUUUUUUUUUUAGCUCUUUCAAGUUGUCGAUUAUCAUCAUAGUUUGGGUGAAAGAUUCAUACCAAAAGCAAUGAACUAAAGGAAGGCUGAGUGCAGCAAGUAAAUUGGUCUCCAAAAUUCAUAAUAAGUAUUACAUGUAUUGCUGACUAGUAAUAAAUGUUAAACCCAUAUAUAUAAAUUGUAGUUGCAUGGACAAAAGCAAAUCGUGUGAUUUAUAUUCUCAGGCUAUAGUCAAGUUUAUUUGAAUAAAACAAUUACCGUGUCUUAAGAAAGUUUUGUUUAACUGUCAGCCUUCUUUAAAUAUAAGAUAUUUGCAAUAUAAUCAUCAAAUUAUUGUAAAUAUAGAUAGCAUUAAUAGAGCUUAACCUUGUUUUUAAGCAUAAUUUUACACAGGCACGGUUAAAGUAAAUAAAAAUCCAAGUAUUGAGUCUUAAUGAUGAUGGUCAUGCAUAUUGUACUCUUAAUGAAACAUAACAGAACUAGAAUAUAUAUGUAAUCAAAACUUCACUAUUUUAACCAAUUAGACCAUUGGAUUAGACACAAGUUUCUUAAGCAUUAGCACAGUUUGUCAGUUUCUCACAAAUCUUGAAAAAAAAAAAAUGUUAAUUUUAUUCAAGGUGAAUAUUGCACAGCAUACUUAAGAUUCACUGAAAGUUAUAAUCUUUGAUUCUCUUUAAUUUUCUGAGGUAAGUGAAAAGUCUUGAAGAUAUUAUCUACCACUCUUGUAUACAUCAGUGAAUAUAAUUUCAGAAAUUUUGAAAAAAAUGAGGGGGUAUAUUGUACACAAAAGUUUCUGAUAAGUUUAUUAAGUGAUAAACUAAAUAUCAGCAUGAAGUAAUACUGUUCUUGGAAUGUGGAUUGAGUGAUUUGUAGCAAGUUGAUUCAUUGCAUUCCAUAGAUAUGCUCUACCAGUAACUAACAUUAAAGCUAUUCAAAAUGGUUUACUGUAAUACUUGACCUAAGUGUGUUCUAUGUCAAAUUACCAAAGGUUUGAUAUUAGUUCUUUUAUCAGAGGAAGUUCCUCAGCAUAAAGUUAUAUUUAUUCUGUUUACAUUCAAGAAUGACAAAGGCUCAACUAACUAUAUGCAUAAUUAUUAUAGCCAAACAAGGCACAUCAGUUACUUAGUGUACAUGAGCUUUUGCAUAUAUGCUCUAGGACAGCAGCUUGGAUUGGUAUCUUAUAGUUUGGAGGGUCAUUUGAAUUGUGAUGUUUGUACACUUGUGGAAAGGCAGCUAGAGAAUAAGUGAUAUUGAGUAUUUCCUUCUUUGUAUCACCCUGCUAGGAUGGGAAAUGCUGAUGUGUUGAUAAAAAAUAUAGCAGCAGCAUGCUCAAUUUGUAAUAUUUAAAAGAUGCAUUUUUUUUUUACUUUAGCAUGCCUAACAUGAAGCCUAAACUUUAAGGUUUGAUUUUUUCAAAAAUAAGUUCUGUUUUUAAUCAGGGGAAUGUCUUGUUAUGCAGAUAAUUGAUUUCCUCUUAAGAUACAGUUUGCUUGUUUUAGGAGUAAUCUAACAUAAUCAGUUGACAUUCAUCGCUCUAGUUAUUUAAUGUAAUAGCUGUCAAUUAAUCAGUUAUCACUAGAGUUCAGUUCAUCACGUUGCAUCCAUUACAGGUACAAAAAUAAAUUCUGCAUUUUAUUCUUGUGUCAUUUGUGGAAAUAUGCAUACAGGUGUCUGCAUGAAGAGUCUGUAAUAGUAGACUGUAUACAUAUGUUUCGUUUAUAUAUUCUUAAGGGUUAUUUUUUGCUGAAUUUAUGCUUCUGAUAUUACUUAAUUUGACAUGUAAGAUAUGUGAAGAGGUUGCAAAAACAAAAAUUUAUUAGUAUGUCAUAAAAUAUUUUCUUUUUAUUGAGGGUUCUUUAUUAUUAUAUUAUUAUUAUUAUUAUUAUUAUUAUUAUUAUUAUUAUUAUUAACCUGGGACUUGUUUGGGGUAAUGAAUGUGGUGUCCACCUUAACCUACAUUCAUUAAGUAUAUACACAUAAACAGAGAAACACACAUUUGUGCAUGACUAGGUACACAAGCGUGGAGAGAAGUGGUGCACUCCUCUUGUAUUUGUGAUAUUCUUCACUCUAGCAUUUCAGCUGAGUAAUGUUUAUAACUGUUUAUUUAAAUUCUCUUGAUUCCUCUACAAAUACUGCAUCAGUGGUAGCAAGAUUCUGUAUUUGGUUUAGCCCUCUGUCCCUAAGAUGAACCUCUCUCUCUUGUGUUCCAGAUAUCAGGUCUUCUAAUUAUUUCAGGAAUAGCAAUGUGCUGUAGGUCCAUUGUGAUAUUGUGCUAACAUGGCAGAAAUGUGCCCUAUGAUGUGUUUUCAUGCGGUUGCAAUGUAAUUUAAUUCAAGUAUUUGUGUAGAGGGUGUUGCAUUUAGUUCAUUAAUUUUACUUCAGAAUAGUGAUAUUAUAGGGAUUGUUACCAAACAAAAUUUGGGACUAGUGCUGGUGCAUCUGAUCCUGGGAUCAUGCAAGGUAGGUAGAACUUGUUGCAGAAAGAUUAAUCACAUCAAAAAUCUAUACUUAAAUGUUAAAUUUCUGAGAGGUUGCCACCCUACAUAGCUUUGACAGGUACUGCAGCUUUACCAUUUUUUAUAACUACAGUAAUGAGAGUCCACUGGAAUGUGAAAAUAUAAAAUACAUUACUACUUAAAGUACCUUGUAAAUAUGACAAUUAUGUUUCUAGUUUAUUUUUCAUUGAUACUGUUCCAUACAUGAAGUAAUUUUUGUCACUGGCUAGUUUCUGAAUAUUAAUGAAGUACUGUAUAUCAAUUUUUUUAGCUGUGAAUUAAGGUAUUUAAUUUAAUAAUGGAGACAACAAAAAAACUAUAACUAGCUUUAAAACUCAAAUUCUGGCAUACAAAACCUUUAGCAGCAAGUGAGGAUAUGAGUGCAUGUUCUUUAAAUAUAUAUUUAUUAGGUUCAGUUGUAUGUCCAAGAUUGUAUUGUAUAUGUAUAUAUCUAUAUAAUUUUUUUUUUUUAUUGCAUGCUUUUGAAUCUUGAGAUAAUAAAUUAUUUAAAUUUGGGUUUCCCUUGAAAAAUGACUUGAUAGUAUGUAAUGACAGAGGCAUACUACAUGUUGCUGCUAUUUUUUAGGUAACCCAAAAGCCACAAAGCAGAUAAUGUGUCUUGUCUCCAUGGUGACAGGGGUUAAUCACAGAAAAUUGCUAAUACCUACAAUUACAUCAGGUCUUCUGAUACUCAGCUGGUGGCUAAGAGUUCUUUACUGUGCUUUAUAUUUUCAGAGUAUUUUUUAUAUUUAUCCCACUUGUAGGAUAUUCAUGCACUUGUAGGUCACAUUGCAGCUUCACGAACUUCAAAUUAACCAAAUUGUGUGUGUCUUAAUGAAAAACAUGCUUCAAAAUAUUCAUACUUACUCGUACACAUACAUGCAUGCAUACAUACUUGCAUGCAUACACACAUAUACAUACAUCAGGACACAGUACAUCCCAACACAAAAGUGUAAGAAAACUGGUCAUUGGUAUAAAUGACACAACUUGAAAAUAAAAUAAGAGAAGUAUUUAUAUACAGUCUUCAUUAAUUUAUUUGAAUUUGUUCCCUAAACAUGUACUAUAUGUACUAUAUGUUAGGCUUUUUAGGCAAAACUUUGCAUCUUAGCUUAUUUGGCAAGGAUCACCUUAGCUUCUUGCAAAACAAGCAGAGUUUAUGUUCAUUUUUCUACUGUGGAAAAUUGAAGUGCUGCAUUGAUGAUAAUGUUAAAUAAAGUUAGGCUAAAGA